AAUAAUGUCAGAAAGCGUCAAAAGGAAUGUAAAAUCAUUCACACAAUAUGUUUAAAAACCUUCAGAAAUUGGGUCAGUUGAAGUAUCAAUAGAUCCUCUAAGAUAAUUUAAACCAUUUGUAAUAGUCUAAACUUCAAAUGAUCCUUAGGUAUAAUAGAUGUCGAUUGAUCAUCACAUUUAAACAAACUUAUUUUUCAAUACUCCUUACUCAAACUUUGAUAUUUCUUAAAGAGUUUCAUUAGAUGGUACUAAUGAUUACUUAUUUAACCAUUAAAAAUUCAUAGGACCUAUUGUAAAUAGUUCUCUUGAUAGUAAAUCUAUGUAAAAACAACCUGAUGUUUUACAAUCAUAAAGUCGUUAUUUUGCUUCAAUAAUGCCAUUCUUUUCACCUAUGCAAUCAUGUCACCUUUAUUUACAUUAACAGUGUUAAAAUGAAUUACCUCGAUUAUCAAAUAAUAGUCUUGAUCGAUAGAUUAAAACCAAUCAAAAUAAUAUGAAUUAAUUAUCUGUUCUUAUACCUCCUAUUUAAUCAUUAUCAUAGUAAUAUCUUAAAUUUACUCAUUUUUAGAAACAAAUAAAAAAAAUGGUUAAGACAUGUUAGUUCUUGUGAAAGUUUAGACAUAAAAAUUAAGGAAAAUAGUUAACAUCAAUCAAACAACAAAGAUAAUUAAUUAAAAUUAACAAAACGAAUCAGAAAAAAAGUUUCAGUAUAAGAGAGUUCUGAUUCUUAUAGAUGUUAACGUAAAAAGAAGGGACCUAAAGUUAAUGAUACUAAAAAUAUAACUAAAAAUUUCUCAAAAGCCAUUAUUUCUUAUAUUUUAAAUAAUGGGGAAUUAAUUUAAAAAUUCAUUACCUUAGAUUAAUAUGAUGGCUUUAUUAUUUUAUUAAAAAGUAAAAAGAAUCAAAUGACUAAUAUUAAAUAACUCCGUGAAAUAUGGGUAGAUAAUGGUAAGAAUCCUGAAUUUAAUAAAGUCUUUCGAAUCAUUAGGUAUAUUUUUAAUUUAUUAACUAGCCAAUACUUUCUUAAAAAUUAGGCAAUUCCAUAUGUUUAUAAUUCAAGAAUUUCAAAUACCGCUUGGCAUCUCAAAUAUCGAUAGAAUUUAUUGAGAGCCUUAAGAGAACCUGAAAACUUUAAAUUUAUUAAAGAUAUAUGA